GUGAUCUUCAAGGGUCGCCAAAUCCUGAUUCCAGAGACCAUGCACUCAGACAUUCUUUCCCAACUACACCAAGGCCACCAAGGAGUCGAGAAGACACGACGCCUUGCACGAGAAAGUGUCUAUUGGGUGAAUAUAUCGAAAGACAUCGAGCACAUGUGCAGAGCGUGCAAAGCUUGCCAGGUACACCAAGAUGCCAAUAAGCGCGAGCCACUUGUACCACAUGCAACACCAGCCAGACCAUGGCAGCUCAUUGCGUCAGAUCUAUUCGAGAUCAACAAUCAGCAAUACUUGAUUGUCGCAGAUAGGUACACAAAGUACCCACUGGUCGAUGUCAUGCCCACACCCGUUUCAAGCCAAGCAGUGGCAAACAAGAUUAAAGCCUACUGCGCUCUGUUCGGUAGACCAGAUGAGCUCAUGACUGACAAUGGGCCACAGUACACAGGGCAAGCCUUUACACAUUUCGUCAAGUCAUGGAGCAUCAAGCACGUCACAAGUUCACCUCACUACCCGCAAAGCAACGGCUUUAUUGAGCGUCACAUCCGCCAUGUGAAGCCCAUCAUAAAGAAGACGUUGGAAUGCGGAGAAGAUUUGCAAAUGGCAUUUCUAAAUAUACGCGCCACACCUGUAGAUACAGAUCUGCCCUCACCAGGAGAGUUGAUGUUUGGUCGUCCACUCAUCACACUGUUACCGAGUCACGGCGAGCCCGGACCAAGCAGUGAGAGGGAGCAGCUGCAGAAUCGGAAUGAGAAAAUGCAGCAACAGACUCCAGACGCGCAUCAACUACCACCACUCCACGUGGGACAGAGAGUGCGGAUCCUAGACAAAGGCAACAAAACGUGGUGUCCAGGAGAAGUGGUCGCACGACAUGAGCAGCCGCGAAGUUACGUCGUAGAGACUCCAAAUGGAACACGCCUACGACGAAACCGCAGCCAUCUGCGCGAGCUAACUACAGGGCGGAUGGAGAAGCUGUGCGAUGAGGAGUCCAACCAGGCUUCCUGUGAAGCUGCUAUGUCCUCAGCUAACGAUCAAGGUGACACCUCGCCCCAGGAUCCCAGUAGCGGGACGGACCGUAUCCAGAGAGAAGACUCCAGUCCAGGCAAGACCCGGUACGGCCGCGCAGUAAGGUUGCCAGCAAGAUUCCAAGAGUAAACGUACGAAGUUAAUACUCAGGCGUUCGAGAUUAGACGGGGCAGAAUAACCCCCAGGACAGGAGGGUAGUCUACCCCUGUGAAUGUCCUACUUUGUUGUUAUCAUUAUCCCUAAGUUUUGUACCUGUGUGUACUCUUGUAAACUAAUGUGAUUUCAUAUAUCUGUCGCGUAUAUGUCAGUUACCUAGCAUUUCAAUAUCUGAAAUGAUUGUGAAACACUAUAUCAGUGUACAGGCAUAAUCCUAGCUAAGUGAUGGGGAUGUAGUGAUAUCCAUACUACUGUAAGCUAGCGCCACCUAGUGCCAAACUAGGUUGCUCAGUUAACUGG